CUGCCGAGCCCUGCCUCUGGACCGACGCCAGCCCGGAUGUGGACCGCAGAAAACCGCAACGCCACCCACGUAAAGAGAAUCCGGCCGCCGCGCUUGCGCAGCUGGGUCCGCGACCCGGCCCGCGCCUGUGCAACUGGGUUCCCCCGGCCCGCGCCUGCGCAACUGGCCCCUCCCUCCACCCAGCCCGCGCCUGCGCAACAGGGCCCCCACGACCCUCGCCUCCUCUCCCGCCUGCGCCUGCGCGGCUGGGUGCGCCCCCCCCACCCCGCCCAGCCUGUGACGCCACGUGCAUGUGGGCGGAGCCCAUGCCCUAGGGAAUCUUGGGGUCGUAUCCCACUGGUGGAGGUUGGGGUGGCGCCGGCCGGGGCUGGGGAGCCCGAAAGAUCGGCUGCAGCCUACUCCCCGGAAAAGGGCACUCGUCUCCGUGGGUGUGACCGAGCGCGCGGUGCAGGUCUGCGUCAGGAACAGGCCCCUCCGCUCCUGGAUGAGCCCGGCGAAGCCUCGCGCGCUGGCAAUUUCUGGGAAGCAAAUCGAAUCAAACCCUCAGGCUGA